GAUGAUGAUGAUGAUGAUGAUGAUGAUGAUGAUGAUGAUGAUGAUGAUGAUGAAUCUGAUGAUGAUGAUGAUGAUGAUGAUGAUGAUGAUGAUGAUGAUGAUGAUGAUGAUGAUCAUGAUGAUGAUGAUGAUGAUGAUGAUGAUGAUGAUGAUGAUGAUGAUGAUGAUGAUGAGACGAUGAUGAUGAUGAUGAUGAUGAUGAUGAUGAUGAUGAUGAUGAUGAUGAUGAUGAGAAUUAUUUCAUAG